UCUCUCUCUCUCUCUCUCUCUCUCUCUCUCUCUCUCUCGUUGAGACAGGGUUUUGCCCGGUUACUAAUAGUCUCACUAGGAUGACGAGGCUUGCCUUGAACUUGUGAUCCUCCUGCUUUAGCCUCCCAAGUUGCUAGGAUUAAGUGAGUGUACCAUUAUGCCUGGCUUAGGACAGUUUUGACAAGGACUUAAUAAGUCUUUGCUGUGGUUGUCAUAUUUUCUCGGAAGAGGAAAGACCCCUGUUUAUGUGAGUUAGGGUAUGGCCAAAAUGACCCUAUGGAGACACAGGGAAGAGGUCCAGGGUCUCUAGAACCCAUUCCUUUUUUGCCCCUGCUGCCUGAGGCUGAUAAACCUCUUAUCUUGCCCAGGCAGGGGAGCCCAGGGUCAGGAUAGGAGGAGAGGGCAGGGCUGCUAUCAGCCACCAGGCCUGGGCCCUAUCAGAGAAGGGGAGGGGCUGUCUGCACUUCCCAAACACUCCUAGGGGAUCCCCCACUUACUCUCAGGAAGAAAAGACUGAGACCAAAAACUGAAGACUCAGGAGGAAAGCUGGGGUGACUCCUGAUAUUUCUUCCCAAGAUGGAAAACCAAACCAAGUUUAAGAAGUUCAGAAGAUCUGACCCUGUCUCUGGCCAGGAAUAUAAUUUUGGAGAGUGAGAAGUAGGACAAGGAGAAAGCACCUUGUUUGAAAAAAAGGUUGUGGAGGCCCUUCGGGCUUUGGGGGAACCUGGCCCAGAUCCUGGCCCAGUAGGAUGCCCCCGUGUCCUCCCCAGCAGAGCAGGAACAGGGUGACACAGCUGCCCACUGUGGAGCUGGGCGAAAUGGAACUGACAUGGCAAGAGAUCAUGUCCAUUGCUGAGCUGCAGGGUCUAAAUGCUCCAAGUGAGCCAUCCUUUGAGCUCCAAGCCCAGGCCCCAUACCCUGGACCUCCACCACCCCCAACCUACUGUCCCUGUUCAAUCCACCCAGAUCCAGGUUUUCCACUUCCUCCACCACCUUAUGAGCUCCCAGCAUCUGUGACUCAUGUUCCAGAAGAGCCCCCAUACUCCUAUGGCAACAUGGCCAUUCCAGUCUCUAAGCCACUGACCCUUUCAGGCUUGCUCAGUGAGCCCCUCCCAGACCCCUUAACCCUUCUGGACAUUGGGCUGCCAGCGGGGCCACCCAAGCCCCAAGAGGACCCAGAAUCAGACUCAGGAUUAUCCCUCAACUACAGUGAUGCUGAAUCUCUAGAGCUGGAGGGGACAGAGGCUGGCCGGCGGCGGAAUGAGUGUGUAGAGAUGUAUCCAGUGGAGUACCCUUACUCACUUAUGUCCAACUCUCUGGCCCACCCCAACUAUGCCUUGCCCCCUGCUGAGACCCACUUGGCCUUAGAGCCCUCUUCAGGCCCGGUGCGCACUAAACCUACUGCACGGGGCGAGGCAGGAAGUCGGGAUGAGCGUCGGGCUCUGGCCAUGAAGAUUCCCUUCCCUACAGAUAAGAUUGUCAACUUGCCGGUAGAUGACUUUAAUGAGCUGUUGGCACGGUAUCCGCUGACUGAAAGCCAGCUGGCACUAGUUCGGGACAUCCGACGUCGGGGCAAGAACAAGGUGGCUGCCCAGAACUGUCGUAAGAGAAAGCUGGAAACUAUUGUGCAGUUGGAACGAGAGCUGGAACGGCUGGGCAAUGAAAGGGAGAGGCUUCUCAGGGCCCGGGGAGAGGCAGACCGUACCCUGGAGGUCAUGCGCCAACAGCUGGCAGAGCUGUACCGUGACAUUUUCCAGCACCUUCGGGAUGAAUCUGGCAACAGCUACUCCCCUGAUGAGUAUGCUCUGCAACAGGCUGCAGAUGGGACCAUCUUCCUGGUGCCCCGGGGAACCAAGAUGGAGGCCACAGAUUGAACUGGCUCAGAGAAGGGGACUGAUAAAGGGAACCUUGAGAUCCAGAAGACACUGAGUUCAUUAGAACUAAAGAAGGGGGAACCCUGGCAUUUGGAAGCUACAAGUUGUGUUUGAAGAGGUUUGCCUUGCCUGGGGAUGCAGCUGUGGAAGAUGAUUUGUUUGCUUGCAUAGCAUGCUUAGCAAGUACAAAACCCUGGGUUUAAUCUUCUGCACUGCAAACAAACAAACAAACAAACAAAAAAAAAACGGGGGGUGGGGGAGUUUGAGGGUGGGGAAGGAGCUUGGCUUCUCAGGCCUCCAACCUCCACCUCUAGUAUAGACUUUGGUCUAUAAAAAGUUCUGCAGAAAUAGCUUUCCACCGUUUUCUUUCUUGAGAGACCUGGGCACUCCCUACCACACUGCUUGUUGGGGUGGGGAGGGAAGCCUAGGUAUUUAUCCACCUUCAUCCCCCUUUAAGAGACAGGGAUAAUGGAUGAUCUGAGGAACCCCUCUCUCUGAAGACCCAUUAAUAAAGUUGGGAGAGGUGCCAAAACUGGAUGGGCCCUCCAUGCAAGGUUCCUGAUGUUUAGAUACUGGGGAUUUAAUCCAGGGGUGCUUUACACCCCCAACCCUAGUCCUUUUUAUUUUUGAGAGGCUCUCACUAAAUUGCUGAGGCUAGCCUUGAAUUUGCAAUCCUCCAAACUGCUGGGAUUACAGGUGUGUGCCACCAAGACCUGUUUCAUUAGAUCUCUCUUCUCUCUACCUGUGGAGCACAAAAAAGCCCACAGGCUUUUUUUUCUUCCGCUUCUCAGCUUUGGUCAUGAUGUACCAGAGCUCUCAGAAAACUGAGUGAACUAUUGUUCUUGAUUGGAAUGAAUUCAAUUACACACCAAAGUUUCAGAGCAUUUCAUACCCAAGCACUGGUAAAACCUAGUCUAAAGUGAAGUAACAUGUGCACCCUCAUAAAAUCUUUGGACAUGUUAGAUAAUUACUACCCAAUUCUUGUUUUGGGGCCUGGGCCCUCUUCAAGACCUUGAAAAUCUUUUAUUUGGGCUGGGGAUGUGGCUCAAGCGGUAGCGUGCUUGCCUGGCAUGUGUGCAGCCUGGGUUCGAUCCUCAGCACCACAUACAAUAAAGAUGUUGUG